CCGGAAUAGUCACCGCACGAUGGCCGAAGUGGCGGCGCCGUCCACGUCGGUCGUGUUUAUCUGCACGAGUAACACAUGUCGGUCGCCAAUGGCAGAAGCAUGGGCCAGGCAAUGGAUCACCGAGUGUCAUCCGCGGGCUUCCCAUAUCACGGUCUCAUCUAUGGCACUCUCCGACGCGUACGAACCUCCAGGCAGCGCUGCCUCCCCGCAUGCCGUGUCAGCCAUGCAGCGACGAGGCAUGGACUUGACCCGGCACCGGUCCCGCCUAGUCAAUGAAGCCUUGGUCAAACAAGCAGAUAUCCUUGUGUGUGUGACUGCUAGACAUGAGCGACUCUUGCGUGACCAGUUUCCUCACAUCGACGUUCCCAUCCAUGUGUUCGCGCAGGACGUGCCAGAUCCAUGGCACCGUGACCUGGCCGCCUACGAAGCGUGCGCCGCACAACUACACAAACAACUUCAAGUCCUCUUACCGUCAUUGCAUGUAUAAUUUGAAAACAAAUCCCUUGCCGCCUAUGGUUUUCUCGCAAACGACGGCAGUUGUCCA